GUGUAUCAGGGCAUGGGCGCAUGGAUAGGCCCGGUGGUUUGAGGGUAUGCACAGGGAGAGCCUUCAGAUUGACAGGCCACCGAGGAGAUUGCCGGGUUCGGGAAAUGGAUUUCCCACACCCCGUUGACCCUGGUCGUGAGGAAGAACGGAGUUCCUGACCUGACCAUGAUUGACUUGCCCGGAAUCACUCGAGUUCCGGUUCAUGGCCAGCCCGCCGACAUCUACGAGCAGAUCUCAGGCAUCAUCAUGGAGUACAUAGCCCCGCAAGAGAGCAUCAUCCUCAACGUCCUGUCUGCGACGGUGGAUUUCCCCACGUGCGAGUCCAUUAGGAUGUCCCAGAAAGUGGACAAGUCCGGGGAAAGGACACUUGCGGUGGUCACCAAGGUUGACAAAGCUCCGGAAGGGCUUCUGGAGAAGGUCACGGCCGAUGACGUCAACAUCGGACUGGGUUACGUCUGUGUCCGAAACAGGGUAGGCGAGGAAGGGUAUGCGGAGGCAAGAAUGGCUGAAAGCUUGAUUUUUGGGACUCACCCUCUGCUAUCUAAGCUUGACAAGUCCAUGGUUUCAGUCCCGGUUCUGGCUCAGAAGCUGGUGAGGAUUCAAGCCGGAAUCAUCACAAAGUGUUUGCCUCAAAUCAUAAAGAAAAUCAAUGACAGGUUGGCAGCCAAUGUAGCCGACCUGAACCGGCUGCCGCAGAAGCUGAACUCAGGAGGGGAAGCCUUGACAUCAUUCAUGCGCAUUCUAAGCUCAGCUAAGGACUCUUUGAAGAAAAUCAUGGUGAUUGGCGAGUUUGACGAAUACCCUGAGGAUAAAGAAAUGCAUUGCACCGCCAGGCUGGUGGAGAUGCUCAACGACUACUCCCUCGAGUUGAGGUCAUCAGGAAAUCCAUCAAAGGGUGAAGCAGAGUUUCUGAUGGAGGAAAUCUCAGCCUUGGAGGAGUCAAAGGGGAUUCAUCUCCAGAAUUUCCUUCACAGAGGGAUUUUCCUUAACAUGCUGCAGAAUAAAGUCAAGUCAGUUUCCGGGAUACCCAUAGAUUUCGUCGACCGGAUCUGGGAUUACAUUGAGAAAGUUCUGGUCAGGCUUUUGAUGCAGCAAUCUGAGUGCUACCCGCAGCUCCAGUCUUACACAAGGAAAGCUGCACAGAAUCUUGUUGCGAGGAAGAAGCAGGUGUCGGUUGAAUGGGUGAAAGAGAUGAUAGGAAUGGAAACUCACACGGAUUAUACUAGUAAUCCGGAAUACAUUGCGAGCUGUAACAAGAUGAUGGCCAAGCAAGCAGAAUUCAUGGAGAUCAUGACAGAUCAAAGUAAGCAUUCAGUGAUGAAUAUUGAUCGAAUUGGGGAAGGGAUAGAGACAGCUCACCUGAGGUGCCAUCUGGCAAUUGUGCCACAAGCGUUUGAUCUUAAAGUGAGGAUGGUUGCCUAUUGGAACAUUGUGUUGAUGAGGCUCGUGGAUGCAAUGGCAAUGCACAUCAAGUUUGCCAUCCACAAGAUGGUGAGCAAGGAGAUGGAGGAGGCCAUUGCUGCAGAGGUGAUGGGACCUCAGGGUGGAGGAGGCAUCGAGAGGAUAAUGCUGGAUGAGUGCCCUCUGGCUGCUGAGAAGCGUUGCCGGUUAACCAACAGCUUCGAGCUGCUGAAGAAAUCAAAGGCUGUUGUUGCAAAUAUCAUGGAUCGCAUAACUAAUCCAUGAUGUUCUCCUCCUUUUGCUUCUUUUGCCUGUGUCUGUAGGGGGUAAAUAAGAUCUUAAUAUGACUAUUGUUAUUCAGCUAUUAGGUGAAGUAGCUGUCUUUUGCUGUUUGGCGUGAUUGUGCUAGUUUAUUUUCAGACAUGUUUUGCUAAUAUCCGUUAUUUAGCUAAGCUAUUAAGUGAAGUAUGUAGCUGUUUUUUGCUGUUUGGCGUGAUUGUGCUAGUUUAUUUUCAGACAUGUUUUGCUAAUAUCCGUUAUUUAGCUAUUAAGUGAAGUAUGUAGCUGUUUUUUGCUGUUUGGCGUGAUUGUGCUAGUUUAUUUUCAGACCUGUUUUGCUAAUAUCUGUC